UUUAAGAAAAUAGACGGAAAGAUGGCCGCGAAUGUAAUUAAAAAAAUUAUGCCUAUGUUGGAUCGUAUUUUGGUACAACGCGCUGAACCAAUGGCUACAACUGAGGGCGGUAUUGUUGUGCCCGAAGAUUCGCGUACUAAAAUGAUGCAGGGCACUGUCAUUGCCGUUGGGCCGGGAGCUCGGAGCCAUCAAAGCGAUGUUCACGUUCCUCCUUUAGUUAAGGCAGGCGAUCGCGUUCUAUUACCGGAAUAUGGUGGUACACGAGUUAAAAUGGAAGAUGACAAAGAAUAUAUUCUCUUCCGCGAAUCUGACAUAUUGGCAAAAUAUGAAUAGAAAUUUCAUGAUGGUAUCGUGCAAAAACAAUUUCGCAUCGCUGAUCACUUAUAUAAUCGUUAUACUUUUAAGAUUUCUUUAAAA